GGGGUAUAAAAACCACAGCCGUUCCUCACUUCUACGAGGUGUGAGCAUUCAGUUACACACACCUACUGGAUUCAUCUCCGAAUCCCCCCCUCUACCCACGUGAAGCAGUGGCGUGUGUGGGUGCCUCUCUCUUGGCUGAGCAGCGAUGGCUCGUCGUUCGGUGGGGCUGCUGCUGAUGGUGUUGCUGGCCAAGGUGUCAGCUCUUUCACAUUUCUACCCAUAUGGAGUGACAACAGGAGAUUCUGUAAAUCCACAAGUUGAUGAUGGUGGAAGUCCAUCCGUUCCCAUUGCAACCUCCUUUGCGUUCUUUGAAAGAGCGUACCAAGCACUGUUUGUGAACAACAACGGCGUGAUCUCGUUCGAGGUGGCCGUGGCAGAGUUCACCUCGCAGGCGUUUCCGCUGAGCGACGGGCGAGCGUUCAUUUCCCCCUUCUGGGCCGACGUCGACAACCGCCACAAGGGGCAGGUCCUCUACCGAGAGACGACGGACGCUGACCUCUUGCAGAAGGCGACCGAGGACGUGCGCGCCUACUUCGCCGACUUCCAAGACUUUGCGGCCACGUGGGUUUUCAUCGCCACGUGGGACCGUGUGACCUACUACGGAGGAAGCGCCGUCACAUCGGAGAACACCUUCCAGGCUUUGCUUAUCACCAAUGGGACGUCAUCGUUUGCAAUGUUCAACUACGGAGACGUGAGCUGGACUACAGGAACGGCGAGCAAUGGAGUCAAUGGUGUUGGAGGAACUCCCGCUCAGGCUGGGUUUAACAGUGGCGGAUCGACGCACUAUUUCAACAUCCCAGGAUCAAGAACCGCGGACAUAAUUAAUGUAGAAAUGACCAGCAAUGUCAACUAUCCGGGCAGGUGGAUUUUCAGAACUGACGCCUUUAGUGUUGCCGGCGGCUGUUACGCCAACGGGAAAAUGCUCAAGUACGGCGACGUUUACUGGACCGACGGCAGCUGCACCACAAGAUGCAAGUGCGUGGGUGGCGAGACAGCCAACGGCUUGGAGUGCAGUCCCAGGCCGUGCUCCGAUUCGGAGCACUGCGUCCUGCAGGACGGCCUCCAUCAAUGCGCGCCGCAGGAGACGCGAAUCUGCACCGUGUCCGGCGACCCGCACUACAACACCUUCGAUCGUGUCGUCCACCACUUCCAGGGCACGUGCGCCUACACGCUGGCACGCACGUGCCCGAGGGGCAUCCGUGAGGGCCUCGCCACCACCGCCGCCGCCGCGGCCCCCUCCACGGGAACCACGGGAAACGUGGGCACGACGAACGCCGCAGAAGACGCCACGACAGAAAGGUCGACGGAGUUGUCUUCGUUCCACGUGAUCGCCAAGAGCGAGCACCGCGGCAGCAGCACGGUGUCCUGGACCAAGCUGGUGCAGCUCGAGGUGUACGGCUUCACUCUGAUCAUCAACAAGGGAGAUCGUAGCAGAGUCCUCGUCAACGAAGAGCUGACCUCGCUGCCCUUCACGCUGCUCAACGGGCGCAUCAGGGCUUCCCAAAGCGGCUCCUCCGUGGCAAUCUCCACCGACUUUGGCCUCACCGUGACAUACGACGCCGACCACUACGCCACCGUCACCGUUCCCGGCGCCUUCAAGGGCCGCCUGUGCGGAGUCUGCGGCAACUACAACGACAACGAGCGGGACGAGUUCACGAUGCCCAACGGCACCGUGACGACGUCCGUGACGGAGUUCGGCAACAGCUGGGUGCAGGAGGCGGGCUGCGACCAGGUCAUUUUGCCUCCGCCAGCCUGCACCGAGGCCAUGCUCAGCACCUACCAGGGUGACAGCUUCUGUGGGGUCAUCAGCAAUCCCAACGGGCCGUUCGCCGUGUGCGGCACCAUCCUGUCGGCAUUCAACUUCCUAGAGAGCUGCGUGUUCGACAUGUGCGCCACGGGAGGCGACAGGGACGUCCUCUGCCAAUCUCUGAGCGCGUUCGCCAGCGCCUGCCAGGCUCACCGGGCAACCAUUCAAGCGUGGCGACAACAAAUGAAUUGCCCCAUGACGUGCGGCGCCAACACCGCCUACGAGCUGUGCGGCACCGCGUGCCCGGCCACCUGCGGGGAUAGCACGGCGCCCAACUUCUGCACGCGCCCGUGCACCGAGAGCUGCCAGUGCAGCGCGGGCCUCCUGCUCAGUGGCGGCAUGUGCGUGCCCGCCGGCACUGGCUGCGGUUGCAUGCACGACGGGCGCUACCACCACUCGGGCGACACGUGGCUAUCGGACAGCUGCACUGCACGCUGCCGCUGCGACGCGGGCGGCCGCGUCAGCUGCGUCGAGCCGGGGUGCGAGGGUGGCGAGCGGUGCCAGCUGCUGAACGGCACGCUCGGGUGCGCGGCGGGGCGUGUCGGCGCCGAGUGCUCCGCCUACGGGGACCCCCACUACCGCUCGUUUGACGGCCUCGCCUUCGACUUCAUGGGCACCUGCCGCUACGCACUGGCGAGCUCGUGCGGCGCCACCGCCGGCAGCCUCGAGCAGUUCGCCGUGGAGGUGGAGAACGAGAACAGGGAGAGGCUGUGCGUCUCCUGGACUAAGGAGGUCACGGUCAGGGCCUACGGCCAGGAGGUCAAGCUACUGAAGACGUUCACACACAAAGCGCUGGUGAACGGCUUGUACAUGGACCUCCCGAUUUCGCUGGCGGCCGGCAGGCUGCAGGUGUUCCAGAGCGCGAGCGGCACUCUGCUGCUCACCGAAUUCGGCCUCGAAGUCGCCUUCGACGGCAGCCACGUGGCGCGGGUGCGCGUCCCCCAGGAGUACGCGGGGCUCACGUGCGGCCUCUGCGGCGACUAUAACGGCGACCCGCGCGACGACCUCCGCCUGCCCGGCGGCGGGGUCGCAGGCGGCGUCGUCGAGUUCGCCAAGGCGUGGAGGGUCGCUGGGGGAGAAGUGGCCUGCAGGGACGACGUCGCAGAACCGUGCUCGGCCGGUGGGGAUAACGACGGCAGCAGCGAGCCCCAGUAUGGCAGCGACGGCCACUGCGGCGUCCUCCUGCGAGCGGAUGGGCCUUUCGCGGCAUGCCACAGCCUCGUGAACGUCACGGAGUACUUCAAGGAUUGCGUUCUGGACGUGGGCGUCACGCAGGGUAGCGCGCAGGUGCUGUGCCGAGCGCUCGAGGGCUACGUGGAGGCCUGCCAGGCCGCCGCGGGCACUGUGGCGGCAUGGAGGAACAGCACUUUUUGCCCAAAACAAUGCGGAGCAAACAGCCACUAUGAGGUGUGCACCAGCAGCUGCCCGGAGAGCUGCGUCAGCCAAGGGCAGCGGUCCCGCUGCGGCCUUCCCUGCCACGAGGGCUGCCAGUGCGACGAGGGCCACGUGCUGAGCGGCGGCCGCUGCGUGCCGCCCUCCGCCUGCGGCUGCGGCCACGGGGGCUCGUACCACGCGCUCGGCGAGGCCUUCUGGGAGGACGCCACGUGCUCGCGCCGGUGCACGUGCCUCGCUGGCGGCGCCGUCGGCUGCGAGCCGGCGAGCUGCGGCCCGUCGAUGGUGUGCGGCGUGCAAGCGGGAGAGGUGGCGUGCAUGCCCCAGGACGGCCCCCCCGCGUUCUGCCAAGCGGCGGGCGAUCCGCACUACUACACGUUCGACGGCGCCGCCUUCGACUUCAUGGGCACCUGCCGCUACACCCUGGCCAAGACGUGCGCCGGAGGUGGCGGCGCGGUGCCGUUCAACGUCGAGGUGGAGAACGACGACCGUGGCUCGCUCGUCGUUUCGUACACGAACCUGGUGAAGGUGGACGUCUACGGCCAUUCCAUCAUCAUCGGCAGGGCUGACUACCCUCGAGUCAGGGUCGACGGUGUCCUGGUCAACUUGCCCAUAACGAUCAUCCCCGGGAACCUCACGGUCCAGACCGGCAGCUCCACGCUCGUGGAGACGAACUUUGGCCUCCGCGUUCAGUACGACGGGUAUCACGUCGCCACCGUGUGGCUUCCACGGGACUACCGGGGCCUGACAUGCGGCCUCUGCGGCAACUACAACGGCAACGCGACCGAUGAUUUCCUUCUGCCCGACGGGAGCCUGGCUGCGUCGCAGAAUCACUUCGGGCAGGCGUGGACGGUGAGGGGCGACGGAGACUGCCAGGCGACGGAGCCACCUUCUGAGCCCUGCCCCGACGCCGAGCGGCCCCAGUACGCGAGCGGCGCCUUCUGCGGCCUCCUCGUGGAGCCCGAGGGGCCCUUCCGAGAGUGCCAUCGCGUCGUGCGUCCCGAGCCGCACUUCGGGAGCUGCGUGACGGACGUGUGCGCGCUGGGCGGCCGCAUCACGGCGCUGUGCGACGCGCUCUCGGCGUAUGCCGCAGCCUGCCAGGCGGCCGGCGUUGGCGUGAGCGGCUGGCGGAACAGCACCUUUUGUCCCCUAACGUGCCUGGCGCACAGCCACUACAACGCGUGCUCGAGCCCCUGCCAGCCCGACUGCUCCACCCCGCAGGGACCUGCCGCCCCCCAGUGCGGCGGGGGCCUCUGCUCCGAGGGCUGCGUCUGCGACGACGGCCACGUCCUCAGCGGCGGCGCCUGCGUCCCGCGGAGCCGCUGCGGCUGCGUCGACCCCGCCAGUGGGCGCUACUUGCUGCCCGGCGAGUCCUUCUGGGCGGACGACACGUGCCGGAGACGCUGCUCGUGCGCAGCGGGCGGAGAGUUGAGCUGCCAGGCGGCCAAUUGCGGCGCUUACGAGCGGUGCGGCGUCGAGAACGGCGUGGUCGGCUGCCACCCGACUGGCUCGGCCACAUGCCGCUUCUACACGGACCCGCACUACGUGACCUUCGACGGGCGGAGCUUUGACUACCAUGGCACGUGCACGUACGUGGUGGCGCGCGCGUGCGGCGACCACGGGAAGGUUGCACCCCCGUUCGAGGUGCUCGGCAAGAACGACCAAAGGGGCGGCUCCAUCUCGUGGCCCUACUCCGUGUCACUCAGCGUCUACGGUUACACCAUCACCAUCACCAGGGAACACGUCCACCAAAUCCUGGUAAAUGGCACCGUGAUGAGUCUAAACUGGGCGCUCCCGUCCAAACAAAUCUGGGCUGUAGCCCAGGGAGGGCUUGCCGAGAUCGUGACAGACUUCGGUCUGAAGCUCACCUACAACUGGCACAACCAGGCCUCCAUCACCGUUCCCAGCAGCCUCAGCGGCCUCACGUGCGGCCUGUGCGGCAACUACAACGGCGACCCCUCGGACGACUUUGCCCUGCCGGAUGGCACCACCGUGACCUCCGCGAACGAGUUCGCCGGGAGCUGGCGGGCGGAGGCCGUGGCCGAGGACCAGGGCUGCCUGGGAGGGGGGGGCGCCCCCCCGCCCCCACCACUGCCGGUGUGCCUCGCGGCCGACCGAGAUCGCUACGGCAGUGGGGCCUUCUGCGGCGUCAUUGCAGACCCCACAGGGCCCCUGCGAGGCUGCCACGCUGCGGCGAACCCCGGCACGUACUUUGACAGCUGCGUGAGCGACGUGUGCCUCUAUGGGGGCCGGCGCGACAUCCUCUGCCAGGCCCUGGAGGCCUACGUGGUCGUGUGUCAGGCGGCCAAUGGCACCGUCGACGCCUGGAGGAACGACAGCUUUUGCCCAAUGAGCUGCCAGUCCAACAGCCACUACGAGCUGUGCGGCAACACCUGCCAGAGGAGCUGCAGCGACCUGGCGCAGCCGACCAUCUGCUCGCGCGGGCCUUGCGCCGAAGGCUGCCGCUGCAACCCAGGCACCGUCUGGCGCUCCGGCCGCUGCGUGUCCCUGGCCGAGUGCGGCUGCUUCCACGGCGGUCAGAACUACGCGAGCGGCGAGGCCUUCUGGCCCGACGAGCUGUGCCGGGAGCGCUGCGAGUGCCGGCGCGACGGCUCCGUGGCGUGCGAGGCCACGGGCGGGUGCGGCGUUGGCGAGAGCUGCGGCGUGCUCGCCGGCGCGCGGGGUUGCCACCCCGCCGGCAGGGCCUCCUGCAGGGCCUGGAGCGACCCGCAUUACGUCACGUUCGACGGCCUCGCCUUCGACUUCCAGGGCGCGUGCACCUACACGCUGGCGCGCAACUGCUCCCGCGAGCUGCCACAGUUCGAGGUCCGCGCUCGCAACGGGAACCUGGGCUCCUCGGCCGUGUCCGUUCCACGCCAGGUGACGGUCGCCGUCUACGGACAGCAGGUGGACAUCUUCGCCGGCGAUGGCGCCAACGUCCAGCUGAACGGGCUCAACCGGAACCUCCCGGUGAGCCACGACAACGGGAGACUCAGCGUCUACAGGAGCGGCAGCAGUACCGUCGUGAGCACCGACUUCGGGCUGCAGGUCUCCUACAACCACCGCUACCACGUGACCGUAGAGGUGGCCUCCACCUUCCAGAGCAAGCUCUGCGGACUCUGCGGAAACUACAACCUCAACGCCACGGACGAGUUCCUCUCCCCGGAGGGGCGGCCCGUCGCCGACCCCGUGCAGUUCGGCAUCAGCUGGAGGGUGAACGACGGCUCCGUGUGCCACGACGGCAGCGACGCGCUGCCGGUGUGCGACCCCGAGCAGCGGGCGCUGUACGGUAGCGACGGCUACUGCGGGAUCCUGACCUCACCCGACGGGCCCUUCGCCGGCUGCCACGCGACCGUCAGCCCCGACAGCUACUACGACAGCUGCGUGUUCGACCUGUGCGCGAUGGGAGGCGGCGCGGACCUGCUGGCGGGGGCGCUGGAGGCGUACACCGGGGCGUGCCAGUCGGACGGCGGGACCGUGGAGGAGUGGCGCAACGACACGCUCGGACAGCACAGCUGCCCGCUGCACAGCCACUACGAGCUGUGCGGAUCGGCCUGCCCAUCCUCAUGCGCGGAGCUGGCCGGGCCCGUGGGGUGCCACAGGCCUUGCGGCGAGGGCUGCCAGUGCGACAGGGGCUACGUCUGGAGCGGCGCGGAGUGCGUCUCAGUGGCCCAGUGCGGCUGCGACUACAACGGGCGCUAUCUGCAGGCGGGCGAGGCGGUGUGGAGCGACGGCUGCUCGGAGCGGUGCGAGUGCUCGACGGGCGGCCUCGUGCGCUGCUCCCCGGCGUCGUGCCCCGUCGGCCUCUCCUGCUCCGUGCGCGCCGGCGCCCGCGGCUGCUUCCAGGCGGCCGCGGCACGCUGCACGGUCACCAACGACCCCCACUACUUCACGUUCGACGGCGCCGUCGUCCACUACCAGGGCGUCUGCGCCUACGACGUGGCGAGACCGUGUGCCGGCAGCGGCGGCGAGCAGUACCCUUUCUUCCGCGUCGUUAUGGAGAACAAGCGGCGGGGCACGGCUGCGGUGUCCUUUAUCUCGGGGGUGCACCUGAUCGUCGGCAGCGCGCACGUCCUGCUCCGCGGGAGGGAAGUCCUGGUCAACGGAGCGCGGACGUUGCUCCCUGUCGUCGUCGCCGAAGGAGUCGCCCUCUCCGAGGAGGGGAGCGGCUUCGUGGUGGCGCGCACGCCGCACAAUGUGACCGUGCGUUACGACCGGCUGUACACGGCGCACGUGGAAGUGGGCGCAGAGUACGCGGGCCGCCUCUGCGGGAUGUGUGGCAACUACAACGGCGACCCCCGUGACGACCUCCUGACCCCGUUUGGGGAGAUCGCCCUGGACGCCCGGCAGUUCGGCCGCAGCUGGAGGGCACCCGACGUGGAUGCCGGCUGCGAGGACACCAUGGACCAUGUGGAGCCGGGCAGGUGCGACGAGGAGGAGAUGCGGGGACACUGCUUCGUGCUGUCCGAUCCCGAUGGUCCCUUCCGAAGCUGCCACUGGUUCGUGGACCCUGCGCUCUACCUGGAGUCCUGCGUCUACGAUCUGUGCAGCUACGAGGCCACCAAGCUGCAGCUGUGCCGUGCCCUCGAGGCCUACGCACAGGCCUGCGGCCUGGCUGGCGUGCCACUCGGCGACUGGAAAGGCCCCAGCGGAUGCCCCGCCUCUGACCCAUGCAGCGCCAUCUCCUGCGGUGAACGAGAGUGGUGCGGCUCCAACAGUGGGAUUUACGGAUGUUACUGCGAUGAGAAUUCGCAAGGCCCCUCUGUGAACUACACGCUCAGCUGUGAAGCCACCGAGAUGAACAUUGCCCUGUCCAGCUGCCAGCUGUUCCACAAGGGAUUCACAGUGCAGUACCUGCACCUCAACAGCCCCGCCUGCCGAGGCAAUGACACAGGAGGCCAAGUGUACUUCUCCACAAUCCUCAGCACCAGCGACCACUGUGGCAGUCAAGUGACGACGAACGCAACCCACAUAAUCUACACGAAUGCCGUCAGAGGAGUCGUGGAUCCAAGUACUCACCCCGCGAUUACGCAACAGAAGAAGAUCACCAUAGAGUUUGGGUGCGCGUACCCCAUCGAAAAUAACGCCUCGUCCACGCCCGUGCUGCCGACCAUCAACAACACGGAAAUCACGAUUCCGACGCAACCGGGGAAGUUCCUUCUGCAGAUGCGCCUGUACAAGAGCGACGCGUUCACGAGCGUGUACGAGUCGACCGUGAGCCUUGGCACCGACGAGUUCCUCUACGUGGGCAUCACGUUGACCGGCGGCGACCCCGCGCGCUUCAAGCAGCAGAUCCGCGAUUGCUGGGCCACCCCGACCGCCGACCCCAACCACCCAGUGCAGUUCAUCUUCGUCACUAACAGCUGCCCGGCCACGCAGGAUGCCUCCGUGAAGAUAAUUGAGAACGGGGUGUCGCAGUUUUCCAAGUUCUCCAUGAAGGUCUUCAAGUUCGUCGGCAACUACAACCAUGUCCACCUUCACUGCAGGGUGGCCGUCUGUGAUUCUCAGUCCACAGUGUGCACCAAGAGGUGCUCGCUGAGAAAUGCAGUUCCCGAUUCAGAAAAGGACACAAAGAUCAUGACUCUUGGUCCGCUUGAACGAAAAGAGGAAAAGCCGAGCACAUCGGAAGGUCAAAACUCGGCGGCUUCCAAGCCAGCCUACCAGACUGCAGCCCUGCUGCUCCCUCUCGCUUUCACGGCUUCUGUUCUCAUGUAACCGCCGAGAGCCACCGUUGUACGACGACGCAGGGACGCUGGCGGAAUAUCCUUCCAUCGCAAUCUCAAAGGCGCGCGACCGUAGGAGAGAUGCAUUGAACCCAACGCAAGCUCUUAAUUUUUUACAUACCUGGCAGUAGAUGCGAAGUCGGAGCCUAGUGAAGCAAGCACAGCCUUCGUUAGAUAAGGCAAUGCGAUAAAGAGUUAAAAACGAUGUCUUGUUGUGUCAAGAAGGAUGGAACCGAUAGUUUGGUAGAGAAGCAGGAAUUAACGCCCGUGCCAAGACGCUCGAUUUAUUAGGCUCUGAACUGCCCAGUGAUAUAACUGUCAGGGGUUAUAAACAACCAAUAUCAGUGCCAGUAGAGUCCCACAGAAAUUAUCUUGCCUAUUUAUUGCAAACGAUUUUCGUGUUUGCCCAUAUUAACUCGGGUUCUAUACAUGCAUAACUGCAGAGCCAGGCUGAAGAGAUGUUAUUAUUGUCCAUCAUGAACACAAACUGUAGUGCCUUCUGCUGUGCAUCAUGAUAGUAGUAGCGUUUCCAGUACAUACAUCUGUCACUUAUUCUGACAGGUGGAAAAUGUGAAGUAGGUUUGUUGAUUUUGUUUUUCAAAAGUCAUUCUCUGCGAAUCAUUAUUUUAUGUUACAUUGUUAAUUCCAGAAUAUACGUUGCAAUCUAUCUUCGGUUUUAGUAGUUGCUUUUAUAUAUCUCGUUAAUGAUCGCCUUGGUUUUUUUUAUGUGUUUCACAUUAUAAGAGGGAGUUUCGAAUGUUUUUUAUACAAUCAGGGAGAAAUGUCUUUAAUUAUGCAACCAUAUAAUUCCAAAUGAUGUGUGCUUUGUAAAAGUAAUCAAAUUUGCAUUGUUUUACUCGAAGUAUCACAAUAAAGAAUGUUUAUAAUUGA